AUGGCUACGCCUGAACGUCCCGUGCACACCAAGAUGAAUGCGAACGCCCAGAUUUGCGUUCCAACUAUCACUGAGGCAUCGCCUGCGCAAGCCUCUUCAAGUGAGGAAAGCACAUCAGGUUCCGAGAAGUUCUUCGGCACUGCUUCAGAAACAUCUCUUGAAGUCAACGAAGAUGGCGGGGAUAACGAAAACAGCAAAUGUAACGGAACUGCUGAGCUCAAAGUCUCGGCUGAUGUCGGCAACAAUGUACUUACAUCACCAUGCAAUUCUCCCAAGCCACGAGCAGAGAUUGAAUGUUCCAAGCGCAGUCCCGAUGAGCAGCCAGACUCUGAGGAGAUUGUUGAGACCAAAGACAUCGCACUGUCUGGUCCUAAUGUUCAGCCUGAAAAGAUCAACGAGGCAAUUGUUCUCCUGAACAAUGGCGACAUGAACCAUCAAACCCAGCAGAAAGCCACACAGCAAGCACCAGGACCAUCCGAACCUACCCAUAGCAUACCACCGCAUAUGCGCCCUGAUUUCCAGUCACGAGUAUCCCGCCAGUCUGGACUUCAAGGCUCCAAGCACGCCUUUCCUCCCAAUGAAGCAUCAACAGGACCUCGCAACAACCAUGUGCCAUACGAAUUUCGGCGCGACUGGGCGCAACCAGAGCAAGUCGUCCGGCUCCGCGCCGAACUCAUCAAAGUCAAGAGCGAGCUCCACGCCGAGCGCAGCAAAGCGCUUGAGCUCCGCCAAACACUCGAAGCCUCGCACCGAGAAAACGUCGACGCCGCCUUCUCCACCAUGCUAACCACGCUCCUGCACCAGCAAACCGAAGCGCUAGCCCUGAAAGCCCACGCCCAAGCCCACGAGCGCUCGCUCCAGCUCCGCGAGAAACACAUCCAGCAACUCGAGAUCUUCCUCGCACAAGGCCAGAAACACCUCAUGUCCCACCACGCCGGCGAGACAGGUGACCGCCCCAUGAGCAGCCUGCAACUUGAGCACGCCCAGCGACAAGCCGAGCUCGCACUCCGCAGCACGCUUGCCUCCACCGAAGCCCAACUCAGCCUCCAAGCCGAGACGCUGCGGCUCCGCGAGGCAGCGCAGGAAAUGCGCGAAACGCAGUACAAACUACUUAUCCGCGAGUCUCUGCUCGCCGAGCUCAAGAAAGCCAGUGCCACGAGUAGUAUUUCCCGCGCCGAAGCCGCCGAAACGGCUCAAGCGCAGUACGCAGCGGGGUUUGCGCGCGGCGUCGAAACAGGGCGCAAGCACGCGUGCGACGAGGCUGUCGACCGCGCAUUCCUGCAAGGCUACAAGCAGUGCCAUUCUGCGCUUGCGGCGCUGAGUCUGCUGCGCCAGGGGAAACUGCAAGUGGGAAAUGAGGAGUUGCAGUUUCUGUUUGAUCCCGCGCAUGCGCUGGGGCUGUAUAGCGUGGGCGUGAGGAUCGGGAGGUUGGAUGCGGGACAUGCGGGGGAUGGAAACGAAAAGGAUAAGAUUGAGGGGGAUGGUGUUGAGGUUUCGACUACUUCCAUUCAUGUUCCCCCUACGCCUCCUACGCCUACGACGCCUACGACUCCCCCCUCAGAACACGCCUCGCAAAUCCAAAACGACACAUCCACAUCCGUACCUGAAAUUAUCUUCCCGCCCUGUCCCCCGGCCAAACAAAGCUUUGCAUCCGAACUGCGACGCCACCAGCUAGCACUGCACAACGGGGAUGUAGUGCUUGCGAAUGCGGGGGCUGCUUGUGCGGUGGUUGGGGAGAAGGAGAAGGAGGAAAAGGAAGAGGGGGCGAGGACUCGAGAGGAGCAAGGUCGGAGUGAGAGUAGGGAUUUGAUUGAUUUGCUGUGA